AUGGCGGGGCAGACCCGCCCCCUGGCGCGGCGCGCCGUGGCCCUGGCCCCCAGCCAUGGCAGGGCGAGGUGCCCUCGGCCACCGGCGCGGCGGCGAGGUGGCCCCGGCGCGGCUGCUCCCCGGCAAGGGCGCGGCUCGAUGGGCCCUCGGCGCACGGCGGCUCCACCGGCGCGAGCGGCUGCUCCCCCGGCGCCGCGGCGCUCGGGCGGAGUGGACUCCAACGCCGUCGCGGCUACAACGUCGAGCGAACUUGAGAUGGCAUGGGGAAUCAAGAGCAGCUGCUUCCAAUUGAGGGAAGAUGCAGACAUCUUUGGUAUGCUUCAUGAUGGACAGGCUGCUUUCUGUUAUCCUGCAGACGAGAGGAAGUUCGCAGCUGAUGCUUCAAGUUAUGACCAGAUUUAUGUUAUGCUGUUUUUGGCCCCAUCUUAUAUGAUUCACAGGCUAAGGAAACUGGACAUAAUGGUUUAUCUGUGGCUCAAGUUCAUAGCAGCAUCAAAUACGGAUACAUUUUCCAAUCCAACAAUUUCAGGGACUUCUGAUCCUCUUUAUACCAACAAGAUGCAUGAUUGA